UUCUAUAUCACUUAAGACCAUUACUCGGUUGAAUUUUUAAACAAUGAGGUCAUAUCAUACAACUUUAGUUCUUUGGCUUGCUUUUGUCGCUAUUUUACGUGGAAUCUCAGGAGAUACAGAAACUCUUUUCGAGGUACCUGGACGAUGGUCAAGCUAUUGGUACUGGACUACCAUAAAAGGAAGUAAAGAAGGAACAGGGGUGUCACCACAUCUGAUAAUGCUCCUUACUCGUCCAGCGUGUACGUGUGCAGAAAAUCUCGGUAAAGUGUGCCUGCAUGUAUACAAUUUAUUGUACACAGAUCAAUCGCUUUCAGAUUUAAUGUUUAUUAAUUCAAUGGUUGGACUCUUUUAUCUCUCGCAGUGGCAGAAUUAUUGGGCACCUCCCAGAGUCUGUGAUAUUUCGAACAAACUUGAGGAACCAAACAACUGGUUACUAACGAAGUUUAUCAAUAUCAAGAAUGCUACAAGACUCGAUAUUAUAGUAACCUACACCAUUCGUGCAUGUCACUACCCCUCAGCUAACGUAGGGCCAUUCUGUAAAACAAACCUCACCCUUUAUUCUUAUCAUACGGAUAACAGACUAGAUCAUUAUCCUGUCCCAAUACGAGUAAAGUUCUACAAAGAAACUGUCAUAGCUCCAAAAAUCCUUGUUGCGCCUGGCAGUCUCACAACAGACACAUUUUAUAGAUCAGUGGUAACGAAAGCAAAGGGAAUUUAUCUGGCACUCUUAGACCAAGGAGCUUGCUUGAGAGUAAGAAAGUUUCUUGUAAGAUAUCAUUUCUGCUCUGAAAGGGUCGCUCCUUUCAUUAGAUUUUCAAGAACUGUUGCUCCAGUAGAUGAUAUCAACUUAGCCAAAAUAGAAGGAGAAUGUACAGAUCCUAACUCACUUGAAAGACCCAACGAAAAGAUAAUUGGUGUGUGCCUUAGUAAUGGGGAGUGGAACAUCACAAAUAACUCAGACUGCCUUUGCAAUUAUGGCUAUAAACUCACCCAAUGCAAUGAAACUUCAGACUCUUUUGCCUGCAAAGAUUGUCAGAGAGGCUUCUACAAGGAUUCUGUUAGUAAUGCAAAGUGUAAACCUUGUCCUGUAUAUUCAGCACCAAAUACUGACAGAACUGGUUGCAUGUGCAAAGAAGGUUACUACCGAUCAUCUAGUGUGGCAGAUUGUGAAGUUAUUGCAAGAAAUGUAAUUAAUAUAACCCUGGUCAUCACCAGUGAAAGUUGUACUGAUGGACAAUGCGACCAAUCCUCAUUACCGACGAGACUCGAAGAAGUGGUGAAAGAGGCUUUUCCUGGUACAUUCGCAGGAUUCAAAAGUGUGCUGUUGAAAAGUGGCAUCAGGUGCAAUCGUAUAAGUGUUUACCUAGCACUUAUAUUCAAUUCCAAAACAAGUGAGCAAGAUGUUAUAACAGUACUUCGUGAUGCCAAGGAUGGGAGGCUUAGAUACUUCAGCAUAAGUGCUAUGAAAAGGACAAAAUCUAUUACUGAUUUCGAGGAAGACUGUGUAACACCAUCCGGAAGUUCUGAGGAAUGUAACCGCCAUUGUAACGACGUCUUGUUAGAAGCCAUAAUUGGGUUUCUUGCCUUGAUAAUCCUUCUAUUAAUAACUUACAUAAUUUGGCUUCACAGGAAAGGCGGUGUAGACAAAAAGAGGACCUAUGAAGAUGAAAGAGUUGUUCCCGACCCUCCUGCAGAAUACAAAGAUCUCACAGAAGCCAGCAGAGAAGACAGAAAAGCACGAAAUGAUGUUUCAGGUGCUGCUGAUUACGCGCCUCUUAUUCCAUUAAAACGCUCUUGGGAAGUUCCAAGAAAUAACGUUACGAUAGAAGAAAACAUUGGAAAUGGUGCUUUUGGCCAGGUUGCCAAAGGAAAAGUAGCAGGACUUCUUGGGAGGCCUGAAACGACCACAGUGGCAAUAAAGAUGCUUAAAUCUGACGCCUCUGAAUCAGACAAGAGAGAUUUGAUGAAAGAACUUGAAACAAUGAAGCAGCUAAAACUACAUCCGCAUGUCAUCAAACUUCUUGGAUGCGUUUCGGAAUCUGAGCCUCUGUUGGUUUUGAUUGAAUAUGCGCCUUUCGGGAAUCUGCAGGGUUACCUGAGAAAGAGCCGUGGAUUAAAGGACACUUGCUACAAAGACACAGAUGUAGAACCACAAACUAAUCUAACGUCACAGCAGCUGAUGAAGUUUGCUUGGCAAAUCGCUGAUGGAAUGAGUUACUUGUCCUCAAAAUCUAUCAUCCACCGAGACCUCGCAGCCCGUAAUGUGUUGGUCGGGAUAAACGAAACAUGCAAAGUAACAGAUUUUGGAAUGGCCAGAGACGUGCAACAGGAAAAUGUUUAUGAAAGAAGGACAAAGAGGCUGAUGGACAUGAAAAUGUACGACACACAGCUGUGUGCAAACACUAAGAACUUAAAAGUAUAG